GAUUCUCACGGGAAAACAGCAACAAAGAAGCCGCCUCUCACAGCCACUUCUUUUCACUUCUCUCAAACCUCACUCACUCCUUCAAAGCGUUCUUUCUAAAACCCUUCUUUUUGCACUUUUCUAUGCUUUUUCUUCUCUAAAAACCUACAUUUUCUUCAACUUCAAUUCUCUCUGAGGGAGAAAAUGGCUGGGAAAUCGAACAAGGGGAGGAACCGAAAAGGGUCACAUACUGCUGCUGCUGCUCCAUCCGGUGGUACAGAAGCGGCUAUCCAACCUGAUGUUCCCGCAAACGAUCACGUGGAAGCCGUUCAAGAAUCUGUUAAUACUGAUGCUGUGGAAGUUUCAGCAGUAGGUGAAGCAACAAGUGUGAGUUCAGAGGUGAAGGAGAAUGAAACAGCAAAUGAAGGGAAUCAACAACCAAAUCAAGGUGAUCUUCAACUAUACCCGGUUUCUGUCAAAACACAAACUGGGGAUAAACUUGAGCUUCAGUUGAAUCCAGGAGACUCUGUGAUGGAUAUAAGACAGUUCCUUCUUGAUGCUCCAGAGACAUGUUUUAUUACAUGCUAUGACUUGCAACUUCUCACAAAGGAUGGAUCCGCUCAUCAUAUGGAAGACUAUAAUGAAAUUUCUGAGGUAGCUGAUAUUACUACCGGUGGUUGCUCCUUGGAAAUGGUGCCUGCAUUUUAUGAUGAUAGAUCUAUAAGGGCUCAUGUUCACCGUACAAGAGAAUUGCUUUCCCUUUCUAACCUCCAUGCUUCACUAUCAACUUCACUUGCCCUACAGAAUGAGAUAACACAAAAUAAAGCUGCAAAUUCAGGAGAUACCGUAAAACCUGAGGUUCCCGAGCUUGAUGGGCUUGGUUAUAUGGAGGACAUCUCUGGUUCAUUAGGUAAUUUAUUAUCAUCCCCAUUGAAGGAUGUUAAAUGUGUAGAGAGCAUAGUGUUUUCGUCAUUCAAUCCUCCUCCAAGCUAUCGAAGGCUUGUUGGAGAUUUGAUUUAUUUGGAUGUGAUAACUCUUGAGGGAAAUAAAUAUUCUAUUACGGGAAGUACAAAAAUGUUUUAUGUCAACUCGAGCUCGGCAAACACUCUUGAUCCAAGGCCAAGUAAAGCUACUUCUGAAGCAACAACUCUUGUUGCACUCUUGCAGAAGAUUAGCCCCAGGUUCAAAAAAGCAUUCCGCGAAAUAUUGGAGGGCAGGGCUUCCGCCCAUCCUUUUGAAAACGUCCAGUCUUUGUUGCCACCUAAUUCUUGGCUUGGCUUGCACCCGAUUCCUGACCACAAACGUGAUGCUGCCAGGGCUGAAAAUUCCUUGACUCUUCUAUAUGGAAGUGAGCCAAUUGGCAUGCAAAGAGACUGGAAUGAGGAGCUGCAAUCAUGUCGAGAAUUUUCUCAUACAACUCCACAGGAGAGGAUCUUGCGUGAUAGGGCACUUUAUAAAGUGACAUCAGACUUUGUUGAUGCAGCCAUUAAUGGUGCUGUUGGAGUGAUCAGUGGCUGUAUUCCUCCGAUAAAUCCAACCGAUCCAGAAUGCUUUCACAUGUAUGUGCACAACAAUAUUUUCUUUAGUUUUGCUAUUGAUGCUGACCUUGAGAAGCUGUCAAAGAAACACGGGGAUGGUAAUUCAAAAACAUGCUGCACAGGCACUUUGCAAAGUUCUUCUGAUAAAGCUUCUUAUGUUCGACCUCAUGGGGACAGUCUGGUUCCCAAUGGGGGCAAAACUGAUGGUUCAAGUUUGGAAGAUGUUAAUAGCACAGAAACCACUCAAGAUGUUUCUCCUGAAGCUCAGCUGGCUGAGAAUGAGCAAGCAACAUACGCUUCAGCAAACAAUGAUUUGAAGGGCACCAAGGCUUACCAGGAAGCUGAUGUCCCUGGACUUUAUAAUCUUGCUAUGGCAAUAAUUGACUACAGGGGUCACAGAGUGGUAGCUCAGAGUGUUUUGCCAGGCAUUCUUCAAGGGGACAAGUCAGACUCUCUCUUGUAUGGCUCUGUUGACAAUGGAAAGAAAAUUAGCUGGAAUGAAGAUUUUCAUGCUAAGGUGUCGGAAGCUGCCAAACGUCUUCAUCUGAAGGAACAUUCAGUCCUUGAUGGAUCUGGAAAUGUUUUCAAAUUAGCUGCACCAGUGGAAUGCAAGGGGAUUGUUGGUGGUGAUGACCGGCAUUAUCUUCUUGAUUUGUUGAGGGUAACUCCCCGUGAUGCCAACUAUAGUGGACCUGGUUCUCGAUUUUGUAUCUUGAGACCAGAACUAAUUAAUGCCUUUGUCCAGGUCCAAGCAACUGAGGCAUCAAAGCCUAAGGAAAUCAUUUCUCAAGGGGCAGAAAACUUGUCCACUGAUUCUCAAAAUGUCACUGAUGCAGACAAGCCAGAUUUAGCAAAGGAAGAAAAAAUCGAGGAUGUCAAAGAACUUGCAUCUGCAGCUAAUGAAGCUACUGGUAGUAAGGAUGAUAUUGUUUUCAAUCCAAAUGUUUUCACUGAAUUCAAACUGGCUGGGAGUCCAGAGGACAUAGCAGCUGAUGAAGAUAACGUGAGAAAAGUUAGCCAAUAUCUUACUGAUGUUGUACUUCCGAAGUUUGUACAAGACCUAUGCACACUAGAAGUUUCACCUAUGGAUGGCCAGACAUUAACAGAAGCACUUCACGCUCAUGGAAUUAAUGUUCGCUAUAUUGGCAAGGUGGCUGGGGGGACUAAACAUCUACCUCAUCUGUGGGAUCUUUGUAAUAAUGAGAUUGUUGUCAGAUCAGCAAAGCAUGUUAUCAAGGACUUGUUGAGAGACACGGAGGAUCAUGAUCUUGCAGCGGCAAUAUCACAUUUCUUGAACUGCCUAUUUGGAAGUUGUCAAGCUUUUGGCGGAAAAUUAAUUACUAAUCUCACACAGUCCAAAACUCAUAAAAAGGAACAUGCAGGGCAUCGGUCUCCAGGAAAGAAUUCGAAGGGACAUGUGCGAUGGAAUGGCAGGGCAUCUUUAAGAAAGACUCAACCUUCAUAUAUGAAUAUGAGCUCUGACACUCUUUGGUCUGAGAUUCAAGAAUUUGCGACGGUCAAAUAUGAGUUUGAGCUACCAGAGGAUGCAAGGUCGCGUAUUAAGAAAAUUUCUGUUCUUCGUAAUCUCUGUCUGAAGGUUGGUAUAACCUUAGCAGCACGUAAAUAUGAUCUUAGUUCUUCAACACCAUUCCAAACUUCAGAUGUAUUUGAUCUCCGUCCGGUAGUCAAGCAUUCAGUUCCUUCAUGUUCUGAAGCCAAGGAACUUGUGGAAACUGGAAAACUGCAAUUGGCUGAGGGCAUGCUCAGUGAAGCCUAUGCUUUAUUUUCAGAGGCAUUUUCCAUUUUACAACAGGUUACUGGUCCCAUGCAUCGGGAGGUCGCUAAUUGUUCUCGGUAUCUUGCAAUGGUUUUGUAUCAUGCUGGAGAUAUGGCUGGUGCUAUUAUGCAACAACAUAAGGAGCUAAUUAUAAAUGAACGUUGUCUUGGUCUAGAUCAUCCUGACACUGCUCACAGCUAUGGAAAUAUGGCUCUGUUCUACCAUGGACUCAACCAGACAGAACUCGCCCUUCGCCAUAUGUCUCGUGCUUUGCUUUUGUUAAGUUUGUCAUCAGGGCCAGAUCAUCCUGAUGUUGCAGCAACUUACAUAAAUGUUGCAAUGAUGUAUCAAGAUAUAGGAAAGAUGAACACAGCUCUUCGCUAUCUGCAAGAAGCUUUGAAGAAAAAUGAAAGGCUUCUUGGCGAGGAACAUAUUCAAACAGCUGUUUGUUAUCAUGCACUCGCCAUUGCAUUUAAUUGUAUGGGUGCCUACAAGCUUUCUCACCAGCAUGAGAAGAAAACAUAUGAUAUACUUGUCAAACAGCUUGGUGAAGAUGAUUCUAGGACCCGGGACUCGCAAAACUGGAUGAACACAUUUAAGAUGCGGGAGUUACAGAUGAAUGCUCAGAAGCAAAAAGGUCAAACUCUGAAUGCAGCUUCAGCUCAAAAGGCUAUUGAUAUCUUGAAAGCUAAUCCUGAUUUGAUACAUGCAUUCCAAGCUGCUGCAGUUGCUGGGGGAUCUGGAAGUUCAGGUGCAGCUGCUAACAAAUCCCUCAAUGCUGCAAUGAUGGGUGAAGCAGCUCUCCCCAGAGGAAGGGGAAUUGAUGAAAGGGCUGCACGAGCAGCUGCAGAAGCCAGGAAGAAGGCUGCAGCAAGGGGCCUCUUGGUACGUCCCCAUGGUGUACCCGUACAAGCUGUUCCUCCCCUUACACAACUUUUGAAUAUCAUAAAUUCGGGUACGACUCCAGAUGCUGCAGACAAUGGGAAUGCAGAUGGAGCAACGAAGGAUGAAGGUGUAUCGAAGAAGCAAGUAAAUGGAGCGAAUAACGAAGCAAAUGGCCCUCCUUCAAGUGAUUCAACGGAUGCUGAAAAAACUGUGGUGCCUGAGCAAGAGCAAGAACAGGCCCCAGUUGGACUUGGCAAGGGGUUGUCAUCAUUGGAUAUUAAGAAACAAAAAUCAAAACCUCAUGAAUUCUUCAAAACCAAAGGGGCUUGAAAUUUUGAACAUUAAGGUUCUCGGCUCCUCGGCUUUCGAAGAGUGUGCUGAACAGCGGUUAAUUAUUUUUUCCUGUUCUUUUCCAAUAGAUUUUGGUAGGUUUAGAAAGCCUGCUUCAGUGCUAAUGAGUACAAACAAUAAUUUGAUUUUUUUAUUUUCUUCGGAUAAAUUUUUAGUGAACUAUAAAUUUUGGGAUAUAGGGUUAAUAAACGUUGAUUUUGACAUGAACCCUUGUAUUUGCAACAAGUUUAAUUGCCAAUUGAAUUGAGGCAAAUUAAAUGCACGAUACAAUUUGUAGAAUAUCUUGAAACAUCUUUCAUAUUGCACUAUUUUUUUUUUUUAAUAAAGUGGUGGCUAUUCUUUCAAUGAA